AGGUCAGAAGAUGACCAGCACCUUCCUAGCAUGACGACUGUGGAUCAUGUGAUAGCUACCCACCAGUCAGAGUGGGUUUCCUUCAAUGAAGACCCUCUGUUUCCGGCUUCCUCCGAGGGGGGCACCGAAGAGCACCUCCCAGGACUGUCAUCUUCCUCGGACCAGUCCGAGAGCUCUUCGGGAGAGAACCAGGUGGUGGAUGGAGGCUCUCAGGAUCUUUCCCACUCGGAGCGGGAUGAUUCCUCUGAAAAGAUGGGCCUCAUCUCUGAAGCGGCCUCCCCACCAGGGAGCCCCCAGCAGCCCUCACCUGACCUGGCCUCCGCCAUCAGCAACUGGGUUCAAUUUGAAGAUGACACACCCUGGGCCAGCUCAUCACCUCCUCAUAAAGAAACAGGUGAGACAGCCCUCCCAUUGACCAUUCCCUGCUGGACAUGCCCUUCCUUUGACUCCCUGGGGAGGUGCCCUCUGACCUCCGAGAGCAGCUGGACUACCCAUUCUGAAGAUACCAGCAGUCCUAGUUUUGGCCGUUCAUACACAGACCUGCAGCUCAUCAAUGCUGAGGAACAGAUGAGUGGCCGGGCUUCCGGGGCUGACUCGACUGACAGUUCUUCGUCACCCCAGGAGGAUGAGGAGGUGGAGACGGAGGCUGGCAGCUGGCAGGCCAGCAGUCCUGCCAUGAACGGGCGCCCUGCCACUCCGGCGACCUCUGCUCGUUUCCCCAGCUGGGUCACUUUUGAUGACAAUGAGGUCAGCUGCCCUUUGCCACCAGUCACCUCUCGUCUAGAGCCGAAUACACCACCUAGUACAUCUGUGAUCCCAGAUGUACCUCCCAGCUCAGCUGGGUCAUUUAAGAAGAGGGACCGUCCCAAGAGCACUUUGAUGAACCUCUCCAAAGUCCAGAAGCUAGACAUUUCCUCCUUGAACCGUCCGCCUUCCGUAACUGAGGCUCCACCUUGGAGGGCAACCAACCCUUUCCUGAACGAGACUCUGCAGGACGUUCAGCCCUCCCCUAUCAACCCUUUCAGUGCUUUCUUUGAGGAGCAGGAGAGGCGCUCCCAAAGCAGCUCCAUUCCCAGCACCACGGGCAAAAGCCAAAGAGAUUCCCUCAUCGUCAUCUACCAGGAGGCCAUCAGUUUUGAUGACUCGAGCAAAAACCAGUCGCACUCCGAUGCUGUUGACAAACUCAAACAGCUCCACAUUGAUGAUCCUGAUCGCUUCGGCAGCGUGACACUACCUGAUGAUGAACCCGUAGCCUGGGUUGAACUCGAUGCUCACCCCCCUGGGUUGGCACCACCCCAGCCCAGAGAUGGGUGGCCAAUGAUGCUGAGGAUCCCCGAGAAGAAAAACAUCAUGUCCUCCAGGCACUGGGGCCCCAUCUACAUCAAACUGACAGACGGUGGCUACCUGCAGCUGUAUUACGAGCAGGGCCUGGAAAAACCGUUCCGUGAGUUCAAGCUGGAGAUCUGCCAUGAGAUUUCAGAACCCCGGCUUCAAAACUAUGAUGAGAACGGCCGGAUCCACAGCUUGCGGAUAGACCGUGUCACCUACAAGGAAAAGAAGAAAUACCAGCCCAAACCCGCCGUGGCCCACAUGGCAGAGAGGGAGCAAGUGAUUAAGCUGGGCACCACCAAUUACGAGGACUUCCUGAGCUUCAUCCACGCAGUUCAGGACCGUCUCAUGGAUCUGCCUGUGUUGUCCAUGGACUUGAGCACAGUUGGCCUGAACUACCUUGAAGAGGAGAUUACCGUGGAUGUCAGGGAUGAGUUCUCUGGCAUUGUGAGCAAAGGAGACAACCAGAUUCUGCAGCACCAUGUCCUGACACGCAUCCACAUCCUGAGUUUCCUCUCCGGGCUCGCCGAGUGCCGCUUGGGACUCAAUGAUGUCCUUGUCAAAGGGAACGAGAUCGUCUCGCGGCAGGACAUCAUGCCCACCACCACCACCAAGUGGAUCAAGCUCCACGAGUGCCGUUUUCACGCAUGUGUGGAUGAGGAUGUAUUCAACAGCUCGCGGGUCAUUCUGUUCAACCCUUUGGACGCAUGCCGCUUUGAGCUCAUGCGGUUCAGGACGGUGUUUGCUGAGAAGACCUUGCCUUUCACGCUCAGGACAGCUGCAAGCAUCAACGGGGCGGAAGUGGAGGUGCAGAGCUGGCUGAGGAUGUCCCCCGGCUUCUCCUCCAAUCGUGACCCCCUCACUCAGGUGCCCUGUGAGAAUGUGAUGGUCCGUUACCCUGUGCCCAGUGAGUGGGUGAAAAACUUCCGCAGGGAAAGUGUCCUAGGGGAAAAGUCUUUAAAAGCCAAAGUGAACCGGGGAGCAAGCUUUGGCUCCAGUAGUGUCUCUGGCUCUGAGCCUGUCAUGAGAGUAACUCUGGGGACCGCAAAAUACGAGCACGCCUUCAAUGCCAUUGUGUGGAGGAUAAACCGAUUGCCGGACAAAAACUCAGCUUCCGGUCACCCCCACUGUUUCUUUUGCCACCUUGAACUUGGCUCUGACCGAGAAGUGCCUUCCAGAUUUGCCAGUCACGUGAAUGUGGAGUUCAGCAUGCCUACCACGUCUGCCUCCAAAGCCACCGUAAGAUCCAUCUCCGUGGAAGACAAGACUGACAUCAGGAAGUGGGUCAAUUAUUCCGCACACUAUAGCUACCAGGUGGAAAUUGAACAAAAAAAGAGUUUGAAGCCGGACUUUGAAGGAGAUGAAAUGGAAAACCCCAAGGAGUGUGGGGUACAGUGACAAAGCCCCACAGCAAGGAACCUAGACCCCAGAAUCACGACAACAUGUCUUCCUGGAUAGCUGAAGUUUAAGUCAAGACCUGCUGGGGCCACUCCAUGUUGGGAACAGUGUAUCUGACCUUCCUGUUUGCAGUUAACUGUACUUCAACAGGAAACCCUGCGGUGGUUGCUUGGAGAGGCAGUUUGAUCCCAUCUGAAGCACGCGGCUCACCUGACUUGUGGAGCUUACUGGAAAAUUAAGCCUCCUUGUCUCAUCUCUGCUCAUCUCACAGCACUGGGAUGUGGCUUGUUGUGACUACAGAGUCAGAAAGAGAACCUCCCACAUCAGUGUUGGCAUGAUUC